AUGGGCUCAGAUUCAGCGAUGGUGGAGCAAACGAGCAGCACAAACAGCACUGACAUGCUCCCCGGCGACUCCAUCGAUUCAGCAGACAUGGACAUGGACAUGGACGCUUCUACGACUCCCGGCUCCCCGAACUCAGCCGGGGAUAAAAUGGAUAUCGCCUGGUGUAAGACCCCCUCCGGACACAUCAAGAGACCGAUGAACGCUUUUAUGGUUUGGUCACAGAUCGAGAGGCGUAAAAUUAUGGAGCAGUCGCCAGACAUGCAUAACGCAGAGAUUUCCAAGAGGCUGGGCAAACGCUGGAAACUUCUGAAAGACAGCGACAAGAUCCCCUUCAUCCGGGAGGCUGAGCGACUGAGACUGAAGCACAUGGCCGAUUAUCCGGACUAUAAGUACCGGCCGCGAAAGAAGGUAAAGUCCUCCAGUGCCAAGGCGGGAGAAAAAGGGGAAAGAGUUAGUGGCAGCAGUGGCUCGAAGUGCUCUUCAAAAAGGAGCUAUAGUGCAAAGUCCCUCGGCAGGACAAACAAGAAGUCCACAGCGCAAGAGCAACCAUCUCAGCCCGUCCCUGCAGACCACCACUCUCUCUACAAAUCCAGGUCAGUCUCAGCUGCGAAGCAAAUACCAGACAAGACAGCAAAACGCUCGCACGUCUUUGUAGGAGGCAGCCACGAGAGUAGCCCACCCUCAGUGACUGUACCAGCGAGUCCUACUCUCAGCAGCUCUGCGGAGUCCAGUGACCCGCUGAGCCUAUACGAGGACGGGGUAGCCAACGGAAAGGAGGGCGCGGAGUCACCCAGCGCUUUGUCGGCUGCUCGCUACAAGUACACACGGGCAUGCUCUCCGACACCCUCCGCCUCUCACUCUUCCUCCUCACAGUCCUCAUCCUCUGAUGAAGAAUUUGAGGACGACCUGCUGGACCUUAACUCGAGCCCCGGUUUUGACAGCAUGUCUCUCGGCAGCAUCGGCUCCGCAGCUCUAGACAGAGAUUUGGAGUUUAAUAUUGAGUCGGGGUCUGGCUCUCACUUUGAGUUCCCCGACUACUGCACCCCCGAGGUUAGCGAAAUGAUUUCAGGGGACUGGCUUGAGUCGACCAUAUCCAACUUAGUGUUCACUUACUGAGCGACAUAAAUGAUGCCUUUUGCGAAACUAAAGUUUAUGAAGCUUGUGAAAUGUCUUUAUGACUACCGUAAAGAUUAGUUGGAUUGGAAUGUCCUACUGAAGCAAGCCAAAAUAUAAUGUUAACUACGUGAUUCGUGGUGUUUAAAACAAGCAUCAGAUAGCCUACUGUGGGUGUUCCACUGACAAGAGCGCAGAUGAAAUAUGCUUAGCUUGCUUGUUUGGUGAAUGAGAAGAGGGACGGCUGAAGGAUUGUCUUGUUGAAGCGCGCUCGAUGUGGAGACAGAGGAAGACAUUGCGUGAUAGCGAGUUCAGGUUGUCCGCGUGUACCAUCUGAACUUCAAAGGGGACAAACAUUUUUUGUAGAUCUCCGGUUAAAUGACAUUCUAAAGCGCCGAAAUACCGAUUUUAUUAAUGCGCAUUGGAUUUGUUAACAAGCAUUUUAGGCUUAAAAACAUUAAAAAAAAACAGAAUCGCAUGCUCUCGCUGAGGUUUAUGUAAGGCUGUCCAGCAGUGUACCAGUAACUAAUGUUAAUUUGAUAAGAACAGCUGCGCGAGAUAUGACGCAAAAAGGAUCACGAUCACCAGCUUCUCCUGUUAACAUGACUUCAGGAUUCAAACGCAACUCAGAUGAUUCAACUUUCUACACUACAAAUCAGGACCAAAACUCAUCAGAGGAGCGUUUUCUCCCUCUCUUGCCUUUUACUUUUUUCCAUCCUCGUGUUCUCUCCUUUGUAUCUUUUCUGUGCUCAGAUGACAUUUUUAUAUUGACAUAUUUAUACUGGCCAAACAUUUUUUACGUUAAAAUAUUGUUCUUGUUGGUCUGUUGUGUAGCUUACACAUGCACAUGUCCGUCUCAGUCACGGAAGGGCUAGAAUUGUAUCGUUUUAUUUAAUUGAUGACCUCUCACACGGAAAGGAGAUUAAAUGUUUCAUUAUUUUCUACGUGUAUUUUUGUACAAAAACUAUCGAGGGGGUGUCAAUCGGUGAAUAUCGCUGUUUGGAUUUCCGAUUUUUAAGAACAGGGGGUUGGGUUGUCUCAGAAUCUGCCCCCUAACCAUGUUUACAGUGUCAAUCCACAGGCUUCUUAAAGACACAGUAUCUUAAUUUUGACAACUUAGCAUUAUGAGCGCGCAUUGAGAGGUGUUGUAUGUAGCGGCAGCGAUGUCUGCAAUUUAUUGCGUCCUAUUGGAGGAUACUGUACCUUUUGAAUAACUGUUUCUUUGUGCUUUUAUAGUGAAACGUUCGGUUUUAACCACUGGAUGGAAUUACAAAUACAUUCAAAAUGCCUAUGAGUUCGCGAACAAUGAAGUACUGCUUCACCCAUAAUUGUAUAAGUAUAUUUAAUCUUUUUCUACUUGUUGGCUAAAUGUAGCUAAUUGUUUUAGUAUAUUAUGGCAUGGCGAAUAGCAUUUUGUAUUUCUGAUUCAGGUUUAUGUAGAGCUGUUGUGUUUAAGACAAAGCAUCAACGUGAAGAUUUCUAUGUACAUUGACUGUAUUAUAAGCAAA